AUGGCGUUCUUUCGUGUUGUGACACCUCGGUUCCUUGCAGCGGCGGCCAACAGCGCGGCUGCGCCCUUCUACGAUGCGGCGGGCGGCAUGUACGGGGGCACGCCGCUGUCGCUGCUGGCGCUGCCGGCGUCGUGCGUGCCGGACGUGAGCGCCAAGGCGGCCCUGCCGGCGGCCGCCGUGGCGCGUGUAUCCCCGGAGCCCGGACCGGGGUCCCGCGACGAGCUGCGGCGGCUCGUGUCCGAGCCGGACCUGCUGCUCGCCUCCGAGGUGGACGUGGACGUGGGAUUCGUCUGCAAGAAGUGCCAGCUCGUGUUCCCUGCCGAACCGCUGGUGGUGGCGCACCAGCGCGCCGCGUGCUUCGCGGCCGGCAAGCCGCCCAACGUGGGCGCUGACUUCAAGCCUUUUCUCAGACUGGUACAGCGCGCGUGGGAGUGCCGUCGCUGCCGCGACCGACUCCACACCGCGCGCGAGUUCAAGUUCCACUGCGACAGCGAGCGCCACUGCGGCAAGAGCCCCAACAAGGCGCCCGAGGCCGGCAACAACUAGCAACGCGCCACCCGACCGCCGCCGGCCCGCCGGACGACGACACCGUGCGAUGCGCACGGGUCUGCUGGUGUCGCUGCAAGUGGCGCCAACACGUAGAGCUGGCGCGCCGAGUCCCUUCGUCUGUUUCCCUCUACAAAGUAAUGGGCUAGUCGCUCUAGGUGUGUUGUCGAGUGACUCCCUCGUCCCUUCUUGUGUUCGUUCAUGGAAGAGGCUGCCACGUAGAACGAGCGUGUACCCCGCAGUUGUACAAAACGCGUAUCCAGUGGAAAGACGACUUCCUGGCUCGAAACGGGUAACGUCGUUUUCUUCCUUGCCUUUCUGUUGUGGAAAAAAAAAAAUUGCUUUCCAAGUGUUCUUGCUCUGUUUGUGGCGAUUUUUGCGAAAGGAAAACAGAGAGUCACUUUGUUCCCCAGUGCACUGCUUUGAGAGAGAUCGCUGUCAAAAUUAGCCUAUGAAAAACCAAAGUGCGGCACACGUGCGAGUGAAUGUGUUUUUUUCUGUGUGCAAACACGUGUGAUGGUGUCUCGCAGGAAACUUUUUUGUCCUUUUCUCCAGGCUAUAGCGCCUGCGCGCGCCCUCUGGCGCGACCCACGGCAACAAACGAGAGGCUGCCUUCCCGCGCGUUCUCGUUCGUGCGCAUGCCAGUGUACGUUGAUCGCGGAGCAACAUUUGCCGACUACCUCCAAGUAUCGUGUGUUCGUGCGUGCAUGUCCGUGAGCCUGCCCUUGCUGUGUGUGUUGAGCAGCGACAUCUAAUUUGUUAGACCGAAGGCCGGCAUGUGGAAUCGCGAGAUGUCCUGUUUCUUUUCUUGCUAACUUUCAUCACUUCUGAUGGUAAAUCCUUCAUAUUUGUUCAUUUCUUGCUGGCGUGUUUAGCCCCGAGAGGGCCAGCCGCGUUUUUAGGUGUGUACAAAGCCACGGUGAUAUGUUGAAUCAAGUGUUGGUUCGAAACUUUUGCAAUAACUUUUUCGCGACAAGUAGUUGCUAGACGCAGCUCGGCCUGCCCUGUUUGCGGGCCUGAGUCGUUAGCAGUCCCGCUCAUUCACGGUCCGGCGCACACACUGCGGACUGGUCGAGGGUGGCUGGACGCUCGUACAUGGUUCCUAUCUAUCGCGGAAUGCACUGUUACGUGUGAGCAGCAUUUCGAAAGGCGAAAGCAAAAUCACUGCUCGAGAGGCAAUGUUCUCCGCGCCGCUUGCCAGCUCCGCUCCCUUUCUCAGUACGGCUGUAAUGAGUUGUCAAGAGCAAUUGUUGCUACCAGAAAAUACUUAUUCUGUAAAAAUUAUUCAGUAGCGAAGGUCAGUUGUAGGGCUCGGCUACCGCAAGGUUCCAUUUCGACAUUCGUUUUUCUUGUUAUCUUUUUUUUUUCUGGAAGUCGUCAACGCCCUUUUUAAGUUAACACAAAAAACAGCUAGUCACUAUGAAAAUCCAGGUGCUAGAAAUUAUUCGUUUAUCUUUUAGCUGAAAAAAGCUUGGGCAAGUAAAGAAUUAUCGCACAGAGGUGACGCUCCAUUUGUGUACAGUGGCUUCACUGAACUACUCGCUCACUGGGCAACAGCUGGCAACACUGCCUGUACUAUAACAUUAGAAGCAUUUGACCCUGGCGAAAGGAGCGGAGCUGGUGAGCCCGGGAACCUCCCUUGAGGUCGGCAGACAAACAAGCAAAAGCAAAAUAUAUAGUAUAUAUAAAUAUAUAUACAAGCACAUUAAUUGUGCUGAUGACAGUUCCUAACUCAAAACAAAAGAAACAUGCAUACUGCGUUUUGUAUGUCCACAUAUUGUGAUUAUGUUUGAAGCGAGCAGAGGUGUGAUUCUCCUGUUGUUACCGAAAGGAUGGACCUGUUUAUACGUGCCGCGUUGCAUCCUGGGACAAGCUAGCUAAAAAAAAUACACACUCGUGGGUUCCCAGUUCUUAUAGAGGCGAAGCAAAAGCGCGUUGAAAUUCCUCCAUUACGAUGACGUCACAGUAAAGACCGGAGUCUUUGCGUCCCCUCCCACGCCCACUCGUGCGGCAAGCCCGAGCAACAACCCCCGGCGUGCGAUCACGUGACGCGGCGUUCUCUCCGUCUUGUCGGGCGAACUGCUGGCCACGCGAAGAAGCGCAUUGCAAUGCCCGACACUCACCGGCUCUUUCAGUUGCCGUGUUGCAAGAGUGCUGCCCAUUCGCUUUCCUCAGUUGUGGGAGGGGAGGGAGGGGGGGUGCCCUAAAUCUGUUCAGCUUGCUCGGACUGCAGCUCGCGACGUUGGCGUUUUGUUCCCUGUCCAUCGAAGAAACAGUUGCGAGAUAUUGUGCUGUUAUACAUACACAAACACACACAAAAACACAUGAAAGUUCCUAGGUGGUCGUCGAAACCCCUUCCCUAAGUCUUCGCCGGCGCUUGCCAACGUUUUGUUCUUCCAAACUGUAACACACAUGUCAAGAGACCUGUACAUAACGUAGUCUUGCCGAAUAAUGUCUGGGUGAUGUCUGAAUGAGGUAGUCUGUGUGAACGCUACACGGAAGGUGACCGCCUGGUAAGCGGAAGAGGCUUCUUUAUUUUGCUACGAUACGGGACGAAAUGUGCGGAAAGAGUGACGCGAAAGAAGCCUUCGAAGAUAGGAACUCCUGUUCCGAAGUCUUGCCCGUGAACUUGAUGGCGUAGUUUCAGUCUUUUACCCAUCACUGAUUUAGUCAAGGAAAAUUGCCCAUUUUCAUACUGAACGCAGUUCGGCCAGAAACGGGUGACAUUGGCACUAUUGACGCUAAUUUCUUCUACCAUGUCUUUCUUGCUACCAAAAUGCACUUCUAGUUGAACGCUAUGCUAGAUGCUACGUAUGCAACUGCGAUGCACACAAAUUUCGCUGGCUUUUCAAAGGCACUGGAUAAGCUAUUAUUUAUCGUAUUUAUAUCUUUUUGUUUUGUUCUUUACUGUCAGGUGACAGGAAGAUAACAAUUAUGCGCCUGUAUGUGUUGUGGAAUAAUUCGUUAGCUUACACGAACAAAACAAGAUGCUGGAAACCGAACCAUUCUUAGUGUAUAACCACAAUGCAUAUCUACACGUGAAUAAUCACAUGCCUCAUAACUAUGCAGUCAGCAUAUAGUGCGCUAGCAAAAUACGGAAGAUACUUCUUUCAGCCUUUUUUCAUUGAAAUGAUGGAUUUAGAAAAAUGCGCAUGCAAUACGUUUAUUUUUUCGCACACACCCCACACACAUUCAAGAGCAUUGAUUCGACACGGCGAAUCGGGCUAAUUAACGUGAGAAUCUGCUGUGUAACGAGCUCCGACGCAGGACCUCCAGUAAAAUAUUAAAAAAAAGACAGGAUUUUAUUUGCUGAAGUGCUAACAGUUUCUAAAAAAGAAAAAAAGACGACGUGAAGGAGAAGGACAGUCACGAGCAAUUAUUUUGUGCUAUAAUAAUGAACGUAUAAAGAUUGUCCCGCAUGCUCUCACACUUUCUUAGAAGCGACCAUAACUGGUACCACGGCCGCUGAAUGAAAACAGUUGGGAGUCUUUCACCGCAAAUAAGGAAGUGACUUCGAGGACAUGAUGUGAAUAUUUAAACCUUUUUAUUGGCGUAAUAAAAAUUUUCUCUCAGUAAUUGUGAUGCAGCCCACCUGAGCUCAGUGACAACUGCGGUGCAGCCAUAAUAAAGCUUAGGGUUAUAAAUUAGGGCAAAACACGUCAUCUGUUUCGCUUGAAACCUUUCAGGUGUAAUAAUAUCGUUUUUUGCUGUGCACUAUCGUAGGGCCGCUUGUUGAUAACACAGGUACUGCAAUAUGCGAGGUUGAGUGUCGCAGGACAUACCUCUCAGUAUAUACACAAGGUGCGAGCUGCGAUUAGUUUGAGCUCAUACAAAAAAAAAAAGAAUUGCUUUUAUUCAGCAGGUACAUUACCCAUUCUGUCGAAAUGACUUUGCCCUUGUGGUUGAAUGCAUUUAUUUUCCUCAGCAUAGCACAAGAAUAAAAAAAAAAACAAAAAAAGAACUAAAGCAUAUGGAGGAGAAUUAAAGGAUUGCUCGUCCGCUGAUGGAUUUGCAGCGUUGCCUUUAAAAUUACGCUCGUGAGUCCAACGGCUGAGUGUGGGUCAUUAGCCUUCUACGCAAGAGAAGCCAGUUCAGCCUUACCAUUACGCUUGGUCGGAGUGUGUGUAUCCAACAGGUGCAACAUCGUCGUGAUACGUACAGCGUGAAGUAUGUGCUUGUAAUGCAUGUUGUUGUUCAUGAAUGACAGUCACUUAAAGGUGUUAAGGUUCGAGAAACAACUAUACAGUCCAAAUACAACGUCUACCUCUUUGGUGUUUCAUUUAGUCAUAUAGAAUAUUUUUCGCAGGCAGGCAAGCAGCCAUAAGCUUUCCCAUGGUACGCGAAAUUUUAAAGAAAAAAAGCAUGAAAAGGCAUACCUCUUCUUUCGCGAACAAAUGCCAGUUCUGUGCAAAAGCUUAUGUGACAUGAUGUAAACGCCUCGAGAAGGCACUUUAUAGAAGCAUGUAAUCGUCGAGAUCGGAAUGCCUUUUGCCGCACUUGGCUUGUGACGCGCCUAUGUAGCAAGUACACUUCAGGGAAGUUUGCAUUGAUUGCUUAGCUGCCAAGUAGCUUGCCGUUUUAUAUUUCUUUGAUACACCCUUACACAGCUAAGAAAACACGAAAACGGCCUCGGUGCGCCCUUUUGCGCGCGUGUGAAGUACGGGUUCAGGCAGACGCUCGCAAGCCGGCUAAAACCGAGAGGGAUUUUGAAACAUGCAAACGGCUCGGCGCACGCCUCACGGUCGACCAAUACCUCAUGAACACGGGUCAGAAAAAUGGGCGCGACGCCGUCGCACACAGACACCCUCAUUCACACCUUCUUCAUCCCCACAGCGCCAUUGAGCAGCCACAUUACGUAACUCUUGUAGGAGACGUUUUCAAGAGAGACAUUGUAGUUCUUUUUUAACAAAGUAAGCCUGUGAAGAGACCAAGGAUGAACGCCAUGGUGUACAUACGGCCGACGUAAUUUGCAGACGCGUGAACACGGAGGCAACAGGUUUGAACCAACUUAUAUACGUAUUAAGCCCGACUCGACGCAGCGUUAGGUCAGGGUUCGCAUCCGGUUUCUAUCGAUGCCGCUCCCGUCUCCCAUCGUAUGUCUUCAUUUCAGUAGCACAUUGUCGAGCUAGUUGCAACAGGUACAGUGUCUUCACAUUAGGUUGCAAGUGUCCCUUAUUUUCGGCCUGCGGAUCAACCAGUGCACGAAUGCAGUCUCACGAAAGACAGCCACCUUGAAGCCGCAUAGAUUUCGUUUCAGUAUAGACAACUGUCGGGCCCGCGCCUGCAACCUCCGCCCGUUCUGUGGGUUUAUCAGCCCUGAACGCCAAGCAAGUUUCUACUACCUCAAACCCAAGUAAAGAAAUAGUAUCUCGAAGUUCCUAUGUGCAUGUAUAUGCAUCAAAACAUGUAUGUACAUGUGUCCGCGUAUAUAUGUAUACAUACGUAUAUGUAUAUACAGAAGCGUAUAGUAUAAGGUGUAGGAUGAUGUCGACCUCAACACUUUCCUUUCAUUUUUUUUGAGACAGCUUAUGUGGCCUCAGUCUCUUGAGGACGGGAGGCGGAAAACGCUGCGGACCGUCACUUUUGCAUUGAUCUUGACCAUAGUUCGGGAUUUAUUUGUAUGUUUAAUAAAACUGCACCUAGAGUGCAGCUCUGACGUUGAGUAUAAUGUCAAAACGUCUGACCGAACCGCGGGUGCUUGGAUACUGCCCGUUGCCCACAUGUUACGUUUUGCGUGGUGUUAUGUCCCACCUUAUUUUUUUUUCCUUUUUUCUUUUACAUAUACAUAUAUCUCGAUGAUCACAGUGUUUGUUGUAAAUAGACCUGAAACUUUUUUGUGGUGAGCUGAUUACACUAUAGUGUGUCUAAUAUCGGGAGGAGAACCACAGCCAUGCACCAACUAACUACAGUCAGCAGCUGAUACUCGCUCUGCUGUGAGCCUGUGAAUCAGAAGAAAAAUAAAAAAAAAUUAACGUAUAGGAAGCGUUGUCUAACGUUUCAACGAAAGUUCAAGGACUUCACAAUUUUAGUCCCGGUCCUGGUUGUUGAUUUCUGUUGGGUAUUCAUGUUGUUUGUUGUGUAAUAUAUGCCCCACACUUACUCGGAUGUUUCUAAGUUCAUGAUUGACUAGUGUUUGCCCUCUAAGGCGUUUAUAUGCACUUUCAUUGUUUCAGUUGUCACUUGAAAGGAAAGAUUCAAUCCGUGUCACUUAAUACAGAAGACACUGUUUUGUUGCCUGCCAUAGAUUCGAUGUCCCUCUUGUGUGAUGCAAAACAAAAUGUUAACAAAGAAAUUCAUUGGUCAAGCCCUGCUCCCAUUUUAUUCCUGGAAAGGUUUCCGAUGGUUUUUCUGGGAUACGUAACCACUGCAGGUAUAUUUUUGGUAUGUCACGUAGAAGACAUAAUAAUGGCGACAACAAUGUCAGUAAUAACUACUGCGAUGCUGAGGAUGGUGAAAGGAUUCUAGGUUUUUACAUCACAGCUCAUGUAGUUGGCUUGAAGUUCUGGAAUAAACUGUCUUAUGUGCGAAA